UGGCUUGAGAGCGAGGAGGCAGCAGGAGGAGGAGGCUGCAGCUCGUCCCUCGCGCAAUGAUUUUCCUCCUGCAGCAUUUCUUCCUGCUGGCCGUAGACUUAGUGCUCGCCAUGACCCUUUCCUGCCUCUUGUACGCCAUGGCCUGCAUUUCCAUCGCCUUCCUGACCUGCUUCGUUAUCAUCUUCUCCUUCGGCACCGUGGAGAGGCACAUUGACGUGAAAGGGAAAGCGGUUGUGGUUCUCGUGUCCAACAGUUCCAUUGGGAGGAUGUUUGCAAGGAACCUGGAUAAAGCAGGUUUCAGGGUGUCUGCUGCACAUUGGCCAGCCCGAGAGAAGGGGACAGCUACAGAGGAGUGCUCCUCAAACACGGAGGUGGCCCAGCUCCACAUGACUGAAGACGAGUAUCAGAAGGCAGUGAAAACCUUCGUAGAAAGCCACUUAGCCCUGAAAGGGGAAAGAGCCUGCUUUGGUGGCUGUGAAAGGCCCCAUUAGACCCCAGUCCCUGGAGGAAAGCAAGGUAGGCCAAGGAACGAGGGGGAGAGGGUCCUACCAAGGCACUGAGGGCUGGACUCACCUUGGGAAGAAAACACAGAGAUGAACAAGGGGGAGCAAAGACCCAGACGAGGACCUG